AUGAAGCAGAAGUACCAAGGUUCCACAAGAGUCAAAAGAGCUCAACCCCAAGCUCUUAGGAAAGAGUUUGAAGUCCUACAGAUGAAAGAAGAGUCUAAUAACUUAGGCACUUUAACAAUCGAUGAAUUGCAAAGCAGCUUGCUGGUACAUGAGGAAAGAAUGAAUGGACGUGUAGGUGACGAACAAGCACUAAAGGAAGCAAGUUAUGCAGAGACUGAGGAUGAAGAAGAAAUCUUGUUGAUGUCAUAUGCGGAGCUCAACCAAUCAAGGAGGGAAGAUGUUUGGUUCCUUGAUUCUGAGUGUAGAAAUCAUAUGUGUGCAAACAAGGAAUGGUUCUCAGAUUUUGACGAGGAAUUCCGACAAUCUGUGAAGCUUGGAAAUAAUUUCAAGAUGGCAGUGUUGGGAAAAGGUAACAUUAGGUUGCAAGUUGUUGGAGUCACUCAGGUAUUCACUGAUGUUUUCUAUCUAUAUACCUGA